AUGAACGAUACCCGAACACCUGUGUAUCUGAGCCAUACACCAGCAGGCACGUCAUCUCUCAAUAUCAUGCAUUGGCUGCAAAUGGUGAAGAAGGGGACAGUGUCUAUGUACGAUUAUGGUACCAAGGAAAACAAGAAGAAGUAUGGACAGGUUUGUUGCUGCGAAAUUUUUUCAGCCAAAAAAUGUUCCAGUUUACACAAUAAAAUUAACACAAUUGUACCGUACUUUUCGUCCUACAUAUAAAA